CCCCCUUCAUAAUAUGUUUCUAUGGUUUACAAUGGCCAAAACCGCAGCGCAUUGUGGUAUACUGACGUGCCUCCUCUGCUCGAAGGGAUCGAAUGAUUAUUAAUAUAAACGAAGGAAACCGCCUGAAUUUUCGUUUAAAAUGAGUUCAUCAAAGCCUAGAAAUCGAUCACGGUCUCCAGUGAGGAGAUCUAAUGAACGUUUACAUUAUUCGGGCUCGAUAGAUAAAAAGGAGCGGCGAAAUAGCAAAGAUAAAGGCUCGAAACCACAUGACGAAAAGACGCCGAAUUCAGACGCCAAACUGAAAGUCCAAGUAAAAUCCGAAAAGAAUGACAGUCGCAAUGAGUCUAAUAAUAGUUUUGAAUCAAAAGAAAAUAAAUCAAGCAGUAAUUCAACUCCAAAACAGUCUUACGUGAGCACUAGUAGUAGGACGUAUGUAAAUCCUGUGACGGGCAAGACGGAGCGAAAAUUUUCCAACAGAUGUCGUUUGUUUGUGGGAAAUAUCACUGAUAUGAGCGAGGAUGAAUUCACAAAGCUGUUUGAGAAGUAUGGACAAUAUUCUGAAGCGUAUGUGAACAAAGAGAAGGCUUUUGGGUUUAUCAAAAUGGUAGGUUUUUAACAUGUUUUUAAUAGGUAUAUUAACCACAGUGUUGACCAGCCAGUGCGACCACGUGCAGGUGUGCAGCAGUACGUGUAAAAUUAUGAUGUAAAUAUUUAAUAUAUAAAAAGGUG